CUCAAUUCAAAGGAAGGCCCUCCCAAACAAAAAGAACACCUCAAAGCUGAGUAACAAUGGAGGCGCUCGCCUGCAGCUGCAGCAACUCCCGGUGCACACGCCGAACCUUCCGUCACCACCGUCCAUCGCCAUCUCUCUUCUUUCCUUCUUCCCUCCAAAUUCACCAUCCCAUCCGACGGUGGCCACGUCUCGUGUCAGGUUUGAAUUGGUGGAGAUAUGGAUUGGUGUCAUCCUCCGAAGGCACAAAAAAGGCUGUAAAUGGAAGCGAGGCGGAAUAUCUGUUGCCGUGGGACGAUAAACCUUAUGAAACAUUGCCAAAUGGUAAAAUAGCUUACUUGGAUGAGCAAGAUGUGGUCACAUUUCUUGACCCUCCUAAGGAGUUGAUUCCUCUUGAACCCAGUUCUUACAACCCUGCUGCUUAUUUAUGGAAGAAAAUUGAAGACAUUCCGGAGGAAAGGCGCCAUCGAUUACUACGCUUGCUAAACCCAAGACUUAUAUCAAGAGCCUGGGAGAUAGCUGGCUCACGCUAUGAGGAUCCUAUGUUAAUGAAGAAAAAAGCGUCUAGUUUGCUUUCUGGUGAAGCUAAAGAGACAUCACUUGAGUAUUACUAUUGUCGAACCAAUGGAGGUCCUCCUCCUGUUGCUUGGAUAAAUUUCUUCAAAAAGGCUAUAUUCCGUUCCAAGGAUGAGAAGAAGUACGGCCGUCUUAUUGGUGAAUCGUUGCUAGGUCAAUUAGGAAGUUCCUUUUAUCCACUGUACUUUGUGGUGACACCAGUCAAGGAAGUAAUGUCCACAGAACAACCUUGUGAUCUAGCAUACGAAUUCGGCGAUGGAUUGCUGGAUCUCUGUGACUACCCCGAGAGCUUCCCUAAACCAGGGAAGCACCCCUAUCCUUUCGAUGAUGAAGUUGUCAUGUACCUUCGUCACAUUGGGCCCGGAGUCUUGGUCGGACAAGCAUGGCAAGAAGGAAAGAAUUUGCAGCAAGUGCCUCAAAAGUUGUGCAGCGAAAUUCUGAUGGUGAAGGAUUAUGCAGCAUGCUGAGGACGGACCUCUUGGCAUUGAAUUUCUGCCCUCUCUCUGCGUUGCUCUUCUGAAGCCGUUCUUGAUCAAUGCUUCUAGUUCGGUCCAACCAAAUUAUGCUCUGCCCUCAGGAAUCUGAUCAUGCGACGGUACUGUGUGAAGUAGCAAACUAAGAGGAGCUUGAUUUGACCGUAAUCAUUGUGGCUUGAAGCCAUGUAGGCGCCUGUGCACAACAUAUAGAAAACGUGGCGAGCCCACUUGUUGUUGAGAGAAUCUAGCAUGGAUUGAGUUCAGAUUUAAAUAGCAUCAACAAACCUUCUGGAGAUAUGGAGUUGCAGUCGUAUUGUGCUCUGUUCUCUAAAUACAUUUUCACCUUCCUCAGCUGUGAGUCCUCUCACUGAUUCACUAUACUAUGUCUAGUUGGUCAA